AUGACAAGCUCCAGUUAUGCUGACGCAAAUUAUAAAUUUGUCCUCGCCGAAAUGUUCGAUAAAGAGUCUCCUGAUUAUGAAGAAAGCGUGUUCAAGCUUCUGGAUGAACUUUUCGAAAUUACUGACCGAUUGUCAACUUAUAAUAAUUGUCAACAAUCGUCAGCCGAAACAAUUCAUGGAUCAUUUAUUUCGAAUCUAACAGUGCCUGCGCACGCCUUGCGUUUAUCUGCAUGGAGCGGCGACGCCAAACGAAUAUUUGAUGAGAUUUGGAGCUUUUGUCACCGUGAUUCACCUCUUUAUUUCAUAGCUAUCAGACACAGUUGCAAUGAAUUGGACCAACGCUUAUUUAAUAACAAGCUUCAAACGAUUUUCCAUUUCGGCAAUAUGAUCAGUGAUUUGAAAAUAGCAGGUGGAAUCGUUAAGCAUACCGAAAAUAAUUUAAAACUUCACGGUGAUGAACUUUGCGAACAAAUUUUUAACGGGUCCAUUGAUUUUGGUUGUGCAUAG